UAACAAUGGCACUAACAAUGUGUGUGACAUGGUAAUAACUGAGGUUUUACACUUAUGAAUGAUAAAAUUUGUUGUUUUUAAUUAAAAGUUUAGUUUUUUACUGAUGAAUUUUUAUUUUAAUCAAUUUGUUGAUCGAUUUAUUUCUUAAAAAUAAACAACAAUGGCUGAUUUAUUUGAUUUGGCAAAUUUGAUAACCAACGUUGGUGUUGAUGCUGUUAAAAUAAAGCAAGAGCCUGACGUGCCAGAAAAGUCAUCAAAUCAAAUACUUACCGAGCUGUUUAGCACGUUUGAUGUUGAUGAGGGUAUCGAAUCGCCGGUGAAUGACGAGGAGGAUGAUGAUGAUGAUAGCAAUGACGGUGAUGACACCGCGGAUAAAGUCAAAAAGAAGAAGAAAAAGAGUAAAAAAAAACAUAAACAUAAGGAUAAAAAACACAAAAAACGUAGUAGAAAAAAUUCAUCAGACAGCGGUAGCGAAUGCGAAGUCGAUGGUGUCAAGAAAAAAAAAAAGCACAAGAAAAAGUUGAAGCGAAAAAAAUCAACAGAUUUAAGCGACUCGUCGAAUUCAGACGAGCCUAAAGUUAAGAUAAAAAAAGAGUUACUAUCACCGGAAAAUGCUAGAAAAACUAAAAAUAACCGAGCUCUCAAUUUUAAAAUUGAUCAUCCUCAAACAGUAUUUGACCUAGUGUCUAAUGUUGUGUCUAAAAAGGAACAAAGCGACAAAGAGUUAAAUGAUUGUAAAUCAAGUGUUUUAAAAAGUCCAGAAUUACCACCUUUUUCUAAGAAAGUUGAUGAUGAAUCCGAGCCUGUAGUUCCAAGAUUACUGGAAAAAACAGACCAACCUACCAAAGGAAAAAUUCUAAUAAAAGAUUUAAAAAAUAGUUUAGUAUACAACGAAACGGUGAAAGAAGUUGAGAAUAAAAAAAAAGAAAAGGCUGCGCGUAUGGAGGAUGGCGAAAUAUCAGACAGUAAUUCAGAGAAUCGAACUCCAACAUUGAGUCCAUCGCCACAACCACAAGAUUCUUUUGAUUCAAUAGAUGAUACAGCUGCGCGAUCUAGCCAUCAAGUUAAGGAUCUUAGAUUAGUAUUAAAACACAAGGAAAAAAUUAAAAAGUCGCGUGAUCGUAAAGGAAGUCGAGAAGACCGUGAGUCUCGAUCACAUAAUGACGAUACGAAGGACCGAGGAAGAAGUCACCAUCACGACCGCAAAGACAAACAUCGAAGUACCAGUAGUCACUCGAAAGACAGAAAAUCAGAGUCUACGCACUCAUACUCGCGUAGACGCAGCAGGAGUCGAGGAUGGGAACAUCACAGGACUAGGAGUAAUGAGCGCAGGUAUAGAGACAGAAGCACUGAUAGAAGGUCGACUCGUAGUCGAGAAAGAAGUCGAUACUCCAAUGGACGAUGCAGGAGUGAAGAUAAAGGAUGGGAUAGAUCUUCUAGAGGCCGCAGUCGCAGUAAAGAGAGAAAGGAAAGGAUAGAAAUUGAUAAGAAGAAAUUAUUAGAAAUUGCGAGGAAAAAUGCUAUUAAUAUGAUCAAGCGAGGAGCAUUGCCGUUAGCACAACAGGAUAAAGCAAUAGCUGCUAUUCAAGCUGGUGGAAAAUCUGUUGAUGAACUCAUUGAUUUUUGCAAAUCUUUAUCAAAAUCAGAAGCUCUUGGUGAACUAUCAAGUGUUUCGUCAGAUGAAGGAGCAAGUGAGACAGAGAAAGGUUUUCAUCAUCCAUUUUUACUAAAAGAAAGACCUAAUUCUAUAAUAAUGAAUAUCAGAGACUCGAAACAACUUCCUACGAAAACUUUUCAAGAGCGAACAACGGAAUCGUCUACUCAAUUGCGAUUACAAUUCCCGGUAUCGAGUGGUCAGCAGCACAGAAAAACUGAAAAUGAGUGGAUAGACGUAACACCAGUGCCGCCGGUUAAAAAACCCGAGCCUAAGAAGCCUUUCGUAUCGGCCUCUGUACAAGUACAAACUCCAGCGUUUACCAUAAUACCUCCGAUUAAUACACAACUACCGGCAGCAAAUGCUCAAGCUCUAGUUCCAGUUUCACUUCCAGCGCCAACGCCAGUUCUAACUCCAGUUCAAACUGUUACUACGGCUCCUGUUGUUGCUGUUGCUCCGAUUCCAACGUCAGUUCCUCCAGUUGCCAUGAUACCCGCACCCGUUGAAAUGCCGACAGUUGCACAACCGAUGCUUCAAGCACCCGCUAAUUCUGUCUUUCCUCAACCUCCUGCAGAAAAUAUUGAUAUAGGAACAAUUGUUUCUCAACGAUUAGCUGCGAUGAGAAAGCUCAAAGAAAAUCCAAAUGAUGUCCAAGCGCUAAAUGAAAUUUAUCAAGCACAAAAUGAAAUGAAAACAUGGGCAGAAAGUAAACAGAUGCCAGGUCAGUUUACUGGUAGCACUGGAGUAAAAGUUCUCUCAGCAGCAGAAUUAACUUCAGGCUAUCAAACUUGGGCUCGCAAGGAUCAAUUGACCUCCGCGAUACCUGUGUCGGGUGGUAUGGGUAUGGCAUUGCUACAAAAAAUGGGCUGGCGACCUGGUGAAGGCUUAGGAAAGAACAAAGAAGGUACACUGGAGCCUUUGCAAUUAGAAGUUAAGCUUGAUAAACGCGGGCUCGUUUCUCAUCAAGACGUUGGCGUCAGAACGGGAAAAAAUCCAGGGAAACCCGUCGUACCAACUAUUAAAACCCUAGAAGGUAAACAUCCUGUUUCAUUGCUUGGUGAAUACUGCUCAAAGAGAAAAUUUGGUGCGCCAGUUUACGAGCUCUGCUUUGAAUGUGGACCCGACCACAAGAAAAAUUUCUUGUUCAAGGUCAAAGUGAACGGUAUUGAAUAUAAGCCUAGUGUAGCAAGUCCGAAUAAGAAACAAGCCAAGGCCGAAGCUGCACAAAUUUGCCUUCAAACACUUGGCUUACUCCCCACUUAAUACAACAAUGUGUAUAUUUUCUUGUACAAUAAAAUUUUCGCACCAACAAAAAAAUUUUUUUUUUUUAUUUUAAAUUGUCAAUUAAACUGAUAUUAAAAAGCAGCCGGCCGACAAGAGUGUUGUUGUUAUUGUUCGCUCAUGAGUUCACCUCAACUGUGUGUGCCCCAUCGAAUUACACGUUAAAGUCUGUAAUUUAAGCACUAUUUUACCUGGGCGAGUACAGUAAUCAGGAAAAAGGUGUUGGCCUGCUGGUACCGGGGGUUAGUUUAUAAAGAGUGUAUGCACGUGAUGAUAAUGAAGAUGAUGAAGAUGAAGAGUAUAUGUGGGUAUGACAGCAGUAAAAUGAAGCGUAGUUUAAUUUUAAAUAAUGUUUUAUGUGAUAUGAGCUUUUUAAAAGAACCUUUAAGUCAUUCGUAAAUUUACGACUGUUUUAAUCUCGCGUUUGAAUGGUGAACUGCAUUUACUUUGACGCCUGUUGACUGCAUCCAGACACUGGUGUGUUAAAUGAAGCAGACGCGAUUAUACAUUUCCUUUUAUUUUAUGGGACACCUAUGACGUGCAUUACUAAUGAUUAAUACGGACGGUGUCAAGGUGAAUUUGUCAAUUGUUGCAAAUUUAUAUUAACAUCUUACAUUUCAACUGUCAAUUUAAAAUUCCCUAAUCUAAUUUAUCGAGUAUUUUUAUUAUUGGCAGCUAAUAAGACAGUUUAUUUAUAUCAUUGCGACGUUUUUUUUUUUUUAAAUAAAAAUAUCGGUUAAAUACUUGUCAAGCAGCAAGACAAGUAAUUGCUAGAAUGUUUCAUUAAUUAUAAUCUAUUAAUAACUAUCUACCAACAGAUAUUUAUCCGCAAAAUUAUUAUGCAUGUAUGACAAAGCAAAUUGUGUAAAUAGAAAAAAAUUAAAUAAGUAAAUAAGAGUAUUUCCGUCAUCUCCGUAAUAAAACGCUAAAAGAAGAAAGAAUUGUACGCGAAGAAAUUGAACAGUUUAGUUGAUACGCAAGACGAUGCAUGGGUUGGCAUGGAACUAAAGUUAUCGUCUCAAUUGGCGAUUAUGACCUCGUAAAUUAAUUUAAAGAUCCAGCCAUAUCGCAUCAUUUUUAUACUAUACCAGGUCGAUCAUCUUUUAUUCGAAUGCCAGGCAACACUCGAGUCUACGCAAAUUCUUAACGCAUUAGACAACGCAACGCCAAUCAUAAUUGAAAACACUUAUAACAAAAUUUAUAUGAAUACGCGUUGCGGUGUAAGUGUGAUCUGAUGAUAUGAGAAUGUCGACUUAUUACGUCUGUGCUUAUAAAUAUAUACUGUGUUAAUUAUCAAUUUGUGAGAAUGUGGUAAGAAAAUAAAUAAAAUAGUUGAAAAAAAAAAAAAAAUUGAAAAGAAGAAAAAAAAACUUUAAUUAAAUACGAAUGUAGGCGUAUGGAUGUCGUAGCAAAUUAGUGUAGAGUAGGAGAUAAGGAAAUGGACCUUUCACGUGGCUAUCAAUUCCGGACACGUCAAUGCUCAUCACGGCCUUGACUUAAAAACCCUGAAAUAGUUAUGUGUUUCUUAACGGCAUUUUUUCUCAUCUAACACGGAUCAUUUUUAUUCAAUUGGAUCCUAGAUCGUUAAAAUAUUUUUAUGUAUAUAAUACGCU